AAACAAUCAUUUGCAUAGCUUUGUUUGACUAUCGCAUAGCAACGGACGCCAUUAUCAUUGAAUGUCCACAGAGUGAAAAUGGGAGUCGAUUACUACAAUAUUUUGCAGCUCACAAGAUCAGCAACGGAUGCUGAUAUAAAGAAAAGCUACCGAAAGUUAUCCUUAAAAUUCCACCCAGACAAAAACCCAGGGGAUCAAGUGAUUGCAGAUAAAUUUAAGCAAGUCGCUGAGGCUUAUGAUGUACUUUCGGACACUCGAAAACGUGCUGUUUAUGAUCAGUUUGGAGAGGAAGGUUUGAAAAAUGGCGUACCAAGUGGUUCUGUUGAUACUGGAGCAUGGACACAAGGAUACACAUUCCAUGGAGAUGCAGACAAAGUAUUCAGAGACUUUUUUGGUGGAGAUAAUCCAUUCCAAGAAUUCUAUGACCGUGUGGAUGGAGACCUGAGCAUGUCAUUCGGGGGACUGGCUGGGCGGGGCAGAAAGAAGCAGGACCCUCCUAUUGAAAGGGACCUCUACCUCUCCCUAGAAGAAGUAUUCCAUGGCUGCACAAAGAAAAUGAAAAUAUCCAGAAGAGUAAUGAAUGAGGAUGGGCACACCUCCAGUAUAAGAGACAAGAUCCUCACAAUCACAGUAAAGAAAGGCUGGAAACCAAACACCAGAAUCACAUUCCCUGAGGAGGGAGACCAGGGACCCAACAAUGUGCCAGCUGACAUUGUGUUUAUUGUGAAAGACAAGGUACAUCCCAGAUUUCGCCGUGAAGGAGUCAACCUGAUCCACACUGCCAAGGUGCCCCUUGGAAAGGCACUUACAGGUUGCACAGUGGACAUCCUUACCCUCGAUGAGAGAACACUGCACAUUCCCAUCAACGACAUUAUCAAGCCUGGAUAUCGUAAGAUGGUACCCACAGAGGGCAUGCCACUGUCCAACAACCCCACACAGAAGGGAGAUCUGAUUAUUGAGUUUGACAUUGAAUUCCCUGCCUCACUCACCCCAGAGAAGAAAGACCUUGUCAACGCUGCCCUGAUACAUUAGACCUUGUGAUAGUGACUCCCCUUAUUGUGUAUCUGUGAUAUUUUGAAUGAUGUCUGAAUCAACUGAUUUGUUGUAUUUUUAAAGGAAGUUAUGUUAUAUAUUUAUCAAAACGUGGAUGUUAUUAGAAAAAUUAAAGACAAAAAAUGGAAAAGCAUUUAUUCCUUAUAUUAGAAGCAGUAACAUUUCAAACUUCCAUGUUCAUUCAUUGUCUCAUUUAUGAAUUAUUUAUCAUUUUUCUGUCAUAAGUAAUAAAUAUAACAUGGUAAA